GACAACAGAGGCAUGGAAUCGACGGAUUGCUGACGGUUGGAUAUCCAAUUACGCCAGUUCUCUCACGUUAGUUCUCUUGGAUUUCCUAUGAAUGGAGAACGUAAAACAAAUAAAUGAUCAAAUUCACGAGGCUGUAAAGUUCCUGUAAUAUCCCUUUAUCCUGAAUGAAGGACGACUGAUCAUCUUUUACCUGCGCGAAAUUUGUAUCGAUUUUUCUCAGUCCUCUUAAAAGAUCAUAUAAAUUAAACUAACAAGGCAUGAUGGUCCAGCGGUGCAAAGUACGCAAUGUGUACCAACGCUUUCGAAUUGACUGCAGGCAGCCAACCUCAUUAAUAUGUUAACUCAGAUUGGAAGUGGGUGCACUCACUUCUGUAGAGAAGUAGAAUAAUUUUGUGGCCAAUAUGAGUCGGAUAUCGCACGUCAUCGGUUACUGUUGUGUGAACAUAAUUAUUUGCGCUGUCACUACCAUCGAAACUCGUCUAGAGAGGACAACCAUUAGUCCAAAUGCAUAUUACAACAUCACUCAUAAACUGUACUUCGAGGUAGAGCAAGAUGGUAAAGAGCUUGGAAACAUCAUUUUCGGGUUGUAUGCUGGAGCAGUGCCAAAAACUGUGUCUAACUUCCGACAGAUAGCAUUAAUGGGUAUAACUGAAGAUUUGUCCUACAUGGGAUCUAGAUUUUACAAAAUUGUACCAGGAGUCAAAAUUCAAGGUGGAGAUAUAAUAAAUAAUGAUGGCUCUGGACAAACAAGUAUUUGGAGGCGACUCUUUGAGGAUGAGAACUUUCUUAUAAAACAUUCUGAACCUGGAAUAGUUAGCAUGGUCAACAAUGGUUCGAAUACAAACGGGUGUCAAUUUUUCAUUACCUUGAAAGCAUGCCCGUCCUUUGAUGGGGUUCAUGUAGCAUUCGGCAAGAUUGUCAAAGGAAUGGAUGUAGUAUACCAGAUUGCCAAAUCAGAAAUAAAUGAGAAAGGGGAACCCCUAAAGCCGGUGGAAGUCACAAGGGUCGGCGAGCUUCCUGUCGUUGCAACUGAUCAUCCCUUUUACAGACGACUUCGAGCCUGGGCGAUAGAAAGUAAAACGCCUUCAUUUUUUCGCAUUUGCAACAUGGGCAUCCACGGAGCACGAAUAGUUGUAUCCAGGCGUUAUUAUCAACGUCGCGUCACGGCUGCGGCGGGCCGCUGUCGCAUCUGUCCUCUUGCUGGGUGGCUGGCUUAUUGGUGGUUGAAUACCAGGAUCACGCUGAGAGAGAGAGAUGUGAUUUAUCUUUGCUCUUAUAAGAAUAUUCUCAAAAAAUUUGUAGGAAUAAUGUUAAUAAAUAUUUUCUGGUUUUGGCAACAUUUGACAAAGCGGUGCUGGAAGAGUGAAAAUGUUUACUUAGCAUCAGAGCUGUUCCUGACUUUACAGAUCAUCCCUUCAUCACGUCAAUAUUUUUUUCGUCUCUAACCUUCGUCAAGGCGGUGCGCAAAGACGGAAAAUGUUCACUCUGCACCAGAACCGUUCCUGAAUUUACAGAUCAUCACUUCAUUACGGUAAAAUCUCUCCAACUCCCUCCAACUCUCAGGAUGAAAGGCGAACGAACCGACUAUUUGUCUAUUCUCUCAAUUUUUCGAAGUGAGCUUUUGUAGUAUACCUUCAGGAGCACUGUGCCGGGUUAUUUACAAUGUUUAUUGUUAUUCGCUGAAACACUCGUUUUCUGACUGUUGCGUGGUUUUUAUCGUCUCCUGAAAAAAUGUCAUUUUUCCGAGAUGGGUCGUUUUCGAAUUAAAUUCUUUCUGAUAUUCUGUCUUAGUAGACCCGAAAAAUUGGAGAACGGAAUGUCUUGAAAGUAAGAAAUUCCCAGAUUUUGCAAAAGCGCAUACUUUUUGAAUUUAACGGCAGCAUUUAAUUUUAUUUUCUAUCAAAUGAAAUAAAUCGUGAGAGUAAUAUAGGCCACAUUUUGGAGUUGGACUAAUUGAGCUUGAAGGCUUCCAUUUAUGAACGUAUCUCAAUCAAAAGGAACUGUCUUCAUCGUAACCUGGGCUUUGACACUCACAGUCGCACGAAUUAAAGCAUAGCGGGGCUCUUGUCACAAUGGAAAUAUUUUCUUUUGAUUCAAAUAUGUCCACCUAUGAACGAGUCCGAGGAAAAUUAUAAAGACCUUCCUCAAAGUAACGUUAACCAAUUCCCCGCAAUGGCGGCGAAAGGGAGGGAAAAAUUCAAAUGUAUUCAGCAUCAUACACCAAACAGGGUUACACAAAUUGCAUUGAUGAAAAACUAAGCAGGUUGCAUACCCUCCAAAUUGCAGGGUAUUUUUGGAACUUGCAAAAAUCAAAAUUAAGGCCUCAAUUAUUAAGUGAAUGCAAACUUGAAAAAGAGGGAUGAAAAGCAAUAAACAGGUGAAUCUCAAAAACUGAUUAAAUUGACCUCUUUUAAGUAAGGGGCUUGAAGGACACUUGCAAAAAGUGCUGUUUUUACUAGUUCAAGAAAUACGUGUUUCAUUGUUCAAAA